AUGGAAUCCAUUUUAUCCUGUAAAGAAUGGGGACUUGGGAACUUGGCAUCAGAAGUGUGGGAGCGCCGCCAGUGCGGCUGCGCGGUGCAGCCAGGCCGGUGCGGGGCUCACUAUCUGGCAGGGGGACAGAGAGCGGCGAUGGCGGCGACGGACGGACAGGCAGCGGGCGCCAUGGCUCCAACGGGCGCCAACUCCGGCUGUCCCGCCUCGGCGGCGCUGGACAAAAUCCCCUCAGACAACGCGGCCGAGCCGGACGCCUACACGGUGCCGGGGAUCCUCCACUAUAUCCAGCACGAGUGGGCGCGAUUCGAGAUGGAGAAAGCGCGAUGGGAAGCGGAAAAAGCCGAGCUGCAAGCACGAGUAGCCUUUCUCCAAGGAGAGAGAAAAGGUCAGGAGAAUCUCAAGAAGGAUCUAGUCCGGAGAAUUAAGAUGCUGGAAUAUGCCUUAAAGCAAGAAAGGACAAAGUACCAUAAGCUGAAGUAUGGAACUGAACCAGUUCAAGGUGACACAAAGCCAGACACGUCUGAAUCGGUUAUCAAUAAUGGCCCUGAUGUAUCAACAUUAGAACAGAACUGUCCAUCAUCGUGGAAAGAAGGACGCCAGCUAUUAAGACAAUAUUUACAGGAGGUCGGUUAUACAGACACUAUCUUGGACGUGCGAACAAAGAGGGUUCGAUCCAUGUUGGGCCAUUCCAGUCCUGAACACAACGGAGCAGCAGAGUCCAACAGCAUGGGACAGAUUCUCAAUGGUGGUGACUCUCCAUUAGUUAAACAGAUAGAAGAACAGAUUAAGCGAAAUGCAGGCAAUGAGUCUCGGGAUGGGUUAAGAAAGUCGAUGCUGGAGAAGAUGCCUUUCUUGCGGAAUGUGGAUGAUGAUAGUGAUGAGGAUGAUGAUGAAUUGGACAGCAUUCCAUCAGAGCUCUCUGUCACGCAGAGACUAAGUAAGAAACAAAGGAUAGGCUCUGAAAUGACCGCUGUUGAUUCGGGCAUGGACUGCGAAACGGUGGAUGCUCUGAGUGAAUUUCACUUCUUGGACACUGAAGAGGAUGAAGAAAGGACUGAAGAUUCGAGGCACUCGGGGGAUGGGAAAGAACUAGGAAACCACCGGUCCAAACUUCAGGAAGCGCUGACUGAUUUCACAGACAUUGACGGCUUGCCUUCCAUUCCAUCUGGGGCGAUUGGCCAUCCCAAGCCAAAAGAAGCUGUUCCUAUUGCGUUCCCCCCACAUGCAAGCAAACCAUUUACACUUGGGGCGGAUACUGUUGGAGACAGUGAGAUGAGCUUGGGUGAGCUGGCAGGCCUGACUGUCACUAAUGACAAUGAUAUGUCUGACAGUAAGGAUGCCUUCAGGAAGACUUGGAAUCCUAAAUAUACGCUGCGGAGUCAUUUUGAUGGGAUCCGAGCACUGGCGUUUCACCCGGAGGAGCCAGUGCUUGUCACUGCAUCAGAGGAUCGCACACUCAAGCUGUGGAACCUGCAGAAAACCGUCCCUGCCAAAAAGAGUACUGCAUUGGAUGUGGAACCCAUUUACACGUUCAGGGGCCACGUAGACCCAGUGUUAGCGAUAGCUGUUAGUUCUAAAGGAGACCAAUGCUUCAGUGGAGGACUUGAUGGCACAAUCUGCUGCUGGAACAUUCCAAGUUUGAACACUGACCCGUAUGAUACCUACGAUGACAGCAAUUUAUCCAGAACACUAAAUGGUCAUACAGAUGCGAUUUGGGGGCUUGCGUUUACUAUCCUGAAGAAUCGCCUGAUUUCAUGUUCAGCAGAUGGAACUGUCAGACUGUGGGAUGCAGCUGUCAAUCCAGCUUGUGUUGGUACAUACAAUAGAGAAAAGGAAAAUGGGAUUCCUACAUCGGUUGCCUUCCUGAAUGACCCUGCACAUGCUGUGACCUCCUUCACCAGCGGGGAUGUGGUCAUCUACGAUUUGGAGACCACGCAGCCAGUGAUCCACCUGGACUCCACAACAUCUGACAGUGCUGCUAAUCAGAUUAACCGGAUUGUGUCCCAUCCCAAACUGCCAGUCACCAUCACUGCACACGAUGACAGAUGUAUUCGCUUUUUUGAUAACAAAACAGGGAAAAUGAUCCAUUCAAUGGUGGCUCACUUGGAUGCCGUCACUUGUCUUGCUGUAGAUCCCAAUGGAGUUUUCCUGAUGUCUGGAAGCCAUGACUGCUCGAUACGUCUCUGGAACCUAGACAAUAAGACCUGUGUUCAGGAAAUUACGGCACACCGGAAGAAGUAUGAUGAAGCAAUCCACGAUGUCACCUUCCACCCAAGCAAAGCGUACAUUGCUAGCGCUGGAGCAGACGCCCUCGCUAAAGUGUUUGUAUGACAGACCUUAGCCUCCCUGGUCUCAUUCCUCUGAGCAGACUGGUUUCUGCUCAUCUACAAGGGUUGAUCCCACGUUUCUCUUCGAAUGGUUGCCUUGAAUUGGUGAAUGAAGAUGAUUUGCCUCCAGCCUUUAAAUUCACAGUCCUGGGUCGUGCCCUAUCCACUCUUUUCUCAACUAAGCUCAGGGUUUGCGUUUAAACCUUUUCUGGGCUUAUGUUCACUGAACUUUCUAUAGAACAUGUAAAAGUUUUAAACUUUUAGAAAGAAAAAUGGUAAAUUUUGUAUGGGUACCCACUAGUGGGCUGUGUGAAAUUAGUAGAAAGUAUAGCAGAGGUCUGGGUCAAACCAUAAAAAAAGGUGCAAGACGAGGUUUUGUGCUUUGCUAAAUUAUUUUUUUAAACAGUUGGACUACUUUUUUAAUACAGCCUGGUACCUCGAUAGUUAUUUUCCUUUUCCCAGACAGUUUUCCAUUAAGUACCAAUAUAUCAUUGACACAGAGAAUAUCUUUAUUUUUCUCUGCCCGCUUCACAAAUUCUGGGAAUUCUGUGAGGGCAUACCCAGGAGAGGACCAUUGUCCCCUGUCAUGGGCAUACAAGAAUACAAAGGUAGUAGUGUACAACCUGGGUGGUUUGUGACCACCCAUCCCCUCAUCUGAGGAUCACUUAGUCCGACGGUCUUGAAUGUACUCUGUUAACACAAUGGGGUAGAUUUUGCUAAUUAAUGUUCCUGUUUGUCUGUCUCUGAGCAUUUAAUUGUAAAGCAAGUAUUUCUGAUUCACCGUGCUCCGUACCAUUUCAGCUCGCUCUGUUAACGAAUCCUUUGAAGACUAAAAGCUCUGCACUUGUUUAGCGCUUCCCCAUUACUCAGGCCAUUAAUAUCUCGCCUUGUGGCUCUUUUUGGCAUUGUCCCCAUGCUUGAAUGUCUUGUUUAAUGCUGCCGAGAGUAAUUUAGCCAUGACUACUUCUGAUCUUAGCACAGUUCAGCAUCCUUUUGGUUUGUUGAUUACUUCUCUGCCUUGGUUAAGUGUGUUUAUGUUGGCAAACUGCAGAGAUCAGAGAUUAAGCCUGUGACUAAGUUGUUCUGCAUGUCCCAGGAAGGAAUGAUUUAACAUCUGAAGUCUUCAUGAUAGAUUCUAGUUACUUCUCUUAAUAGGGAAAAUUCCUAUGAUGGCUAACAUCACUUAAGUUGUGGCAAUAAGGAAGUAUUGGUAACCAGCAUGGGAAUUUUGUUUGCACAGAUUUGUUUCGUUACAUUUCUAACUUAAGCACAAAGGUGUUUCUUUAUGGAGCAAAUCAUUUCCAGAUGUUGUACUAACAUGAAAAUAAUGAGAUAAACAGGUAGCUUUUAUCAUUUUUCAUGUCCUGCAAAUUAUACCAGGAGUUAGUUUAGUUUAGAGAUACAGUGCUUUGCCAUGUCCGUGCCGACCAGCGAUCCACGCACAUUAACACUAUCCUACACCCACCAGGGACAAUUUUUACAUUUACCAAGCCAAUUAACCUACAAACCUGUACGCCUUCGCAGGCAUCACUACCAAGGCUUGCUCAAGAGAUGUGGCCAUUUACCAAGAGUGGCGUAUACCUCAGCAUUCCAAUGAGUAAGAGAAAUGGCACUCAGGUGCCUGGCGUUGGGGACAACCCCUAAGAAAAAUAAUGUAAAAAAUGACACGACAGUGUAUGUGCGCGAUUCUGGAUUUAAACAAAUGAAAUUUGCUGUGGAGCUUCUCCAAAGAUCUUGCAGGCACAGUGGGAACCCUCCGUGGAAUAAUGGUGUUAAUAUAACGUCUGCCGCAGUGUGGUGAGUGUUAUGCAGAAAAUUUGACCGACUCUCCACCCAAUGGGGCUUUCUUUUCAGUGAGAAAAUUGUUACACUGAAAUCCUUAUAUAAGCGAAGUGCAAGCAAGGAAAUGCCUGCCACAAUGUCUUUACAGGUCAUGGGCACCGCAUUCUGUGUUGCUUCUUCAGAUUUCAGCUUGCAAUGAUAUUGUCCGCUAAAUAUGAUGCAGCACUGCUUUAAAAAUAGAGCUUGAUGCUCCAGUUACCAGCACUUCAGCAAUCUGGAGCAAUUUCUGACCAUUCCCUUUAUAUUUUUGCAUAUCCCGAUCAUUAUUUUUUCAGCUUAGACUAGUCACGUUGCCACCGAUGUCUCUCACUCAGAAUGCUGGUUUAAGCCCAGCUGUUUGAAUCUAGCGUUCUUGAUAGAAGCACACAAAAAAAAUAAUUCUGCCCAUCUUGGGCCAAUUCAAUGUUAAGUCACUCAGAAGAGUUUCCAGAACAAAAAAAAAACACUUAUUCCAUCUUGCUUUCUCUCUUCAGGAACCACAUAUGUCCAUUUCUUCAAGGGAUUCACUUUCACUCUCUGCCUUUCUAGCACCCCCCUGGCAAACAACAAAACAUUUCCUAUUUGUUCGUGACAUAAGAAAUGCCAACUUCACUUCCAUAAGGCAUGCUGUUGUGGAUAUAAUCAUGGAAAUGCAAAGGACUAAGUCCAGAGAAUUAAACGCAAACCUUACCACGACCGCUGAGGAUUUUGGAAUUUUAAAACAAUUUAUAAAAGUAAUUGUAACCAUAGAAGCGACUGGAUUAUAACAAUCUGAUUCUUCAAUCUUUAUUUCAGCACAUCUGAUUCACUAAAAUUCUUCAAGGAAAGAAAUUGUUUCCUGAUCUAGCCCUACCCCCCUAACUGCCGUUAACAUUGAUGGGCAAGCAAAUCACGUAAAACAAACUAAUCUCAAUUUAAUAAGAUAGUUGACCAUGAUCCACUUGGUUACAACUGUCGAUAUACAUUUGCCCUUCACCUCCCCAUAUUCUAAGAAUAUUUACACAUUCGGUGGGUGAGGAAGUGAGGCGGUGUUUAUUGUUAUUUGCUCAAUAUCUCGUCAGCAUGACCAUGGGUCAUUGAACAGAAAUACCAGGACAGUGAUUCCUGAUCCAAGUCUGACAAACCAUUUUGUGCUGGGGUUGAGAGACUAGGUGCUUCUAAUUCCAAUGCUCUUCCGCAGUGAAAUAGCCUGCCAACACUCGCUUUGCAGGCUUACACUUGGGUGACGGCUGCUAGUGGAACUCUUACCUCAAUAUGAGCAUGCCUUCAGAAGAGGAGGGAAAAGGGAAAGAAAAUACUUUGAAUUGCACUGGGUAAAUAAUGGCAACAUUUUCUUCAUGCCUUAUUAAUAUCUUUAUACAUAAUAAAUCACGUAGUUAAAUAACAAGUUCAAUGCUUCAGUCAACUGUUCCAAGAAGAAUAUAUAAAUUGAGCAUCAUGCAUUCAUAUAACACCAACCCAUUGCUAGUAAGUUUUUAAAAUCGGUGAUUCCUACAUGAGAUACGAUAACCAAUGUUUAAUAGCGAGUACUAUUGUGAAUGUAAAUACACAGGGACAGUAACACCAAGAGGCAUCCUCUCGUGUUUUAAUUGCCAAUGGCUUUCUUGGUCUUAGACGGUAAUAGAUUAUGUGGUAUCCAAUUGGGAUUAUUAUUUUAUUUGUACGGUUAAUACCUUGUCUUCCUCUGAAUCUCUAUUUGUAGCGGAACCCUAUCGGCUGGGAAUGUUCUCGUUUUAAUCCCCAGUCAAUGCAGAUUGCUGCAGUUGUGGGUACAGCUGGUUUUAUUACUCAUCCACUUGCAGGGACCAGACCAGAAUAUGUGGACCUCAAAUUAAUGCCGGUCCAAGUGAGAUGUUUGUGUGCAUAGAUCGUAGAGUGAGUAGGGAACAAUCGGUGAAGCUGUUCAAAGGGAGAGCAGGGUUAGUGGAAAAUGUUCUAAUCAAGAUGAUUGCAGUUUGAGUGAUUAGGGUUAGAGGUUGGUGGGGAUAUGAAGAAUACAGUUUAGAAGGAGAGUGGGAGUUACUUAGUUAUGCAUGGACUUUGAAUGCUAUGCAGGCUUGAUUGUGAAGUACCGUACAUCGAUGACUUGUGCAUCUGGUUAUUCAGCAACCAAGCUGUCAUAAAAUAUUAUAACUGCAAUCCCGGCAUUAGCCUACAAAAGUAUUUAGUACAUUCAAAGGUAUUUUAUUGGUCACAUUCACAUACACCUAGGUGUAGUGAAGUGAAAUGCUUCUUGCCAUUUUGCAGCAUAUAAAGAAGGAAUACAGACAUAACAUUAAUAAGAGUUUUAAACAUAAAGAACAUCCCCCCACAAUGGUUACCAUUAUGAGGGAAGGCACAAAGUCCAGUCCCCAACCCCAGUUCACCCAUAGUCGGGCCUAUUGAGGCCUCCACAGUUGCCUCUACGGAGGCCCGAUGUUCCAGGCCGUUCUCGCCGGGUGAUGUUGCUCCGGCGUCGGGAGAGUCCUCUCAGGGGCCUGGGAACCCUGGAACGGCCGCCUCCGCACUGGAGGCCGCGGCUUCCGAAGCCAACAAGGCCGCGCCGGUUGGAGCUCCACAACUGGCGAUCUCAUCUAGAGAUCCCAGGCUCCCGGUGUAAAGUCAGCGCCGCCGCCCGCAGCUGGUCGCUCCACAGUCCCGCAGCUCUGCGAUGUUUUCCUCAGCGAUCUUCAGAUCACGGGGCUCCUGCACGGCGACCCGAGCAAGGCAUUGCCGGCUCCGCGAUAGCGCUCCAGUGCUGUGCCGCCGCCGAAGCCGAGGUUCUGGGCGGUCCCCGACAGGAAACGCCGCUCCAGGCCCGCUGGUAGGCCUCGAGGGCAGGUCGAAGCUGCAGCCCUGAAGAACAGCUGCCUCUCCGACCAGGUAGGGACCCUGAAAGGUAGUUUCCCCCCCACCCCCCACAUAAAAAAAGUCUAGACCUCCAAACAAAACACUUAACGGUGAAGUGAUAUCGUGAGGCAUGCAAAUGAAGAGGUUGGACACACAAAAGCUGGAGUAACUCAGCGGGUCAGGCAGCAUCUCUGGAGAAAAGGAAUCGGGUCGAAACCCUUCUUCAGACUGAGAGUCGGGGGAAAGGGGAAUGAAAGAUAUGGACGUUCUUGUGCUCAGUCCUUUUAUCUCAGUUAUCCAUUUGGGCUUCUGCAAUGGAUCUCCACUUGGCAUUAAUAUUCCCUUUAGCUGAUUCCAGCUGAGGAAAGCACUCAUGAACUUAGGGGAAAAUAUGAUCAGCCUUGCUAUGAUGUACACCAUUGGCUUUCCCUUCACAGUCAAAUGUCCAGGCCCUGCUUGUCGGAAAGAUACCGAGUAUCUACUUGUAGUCAUGGCAUAGUAAUCUUCAAGAACAAAGUAUUUGGGCAGCGGGAACGCAUUAAGAGUAUUUUGUUGUAUUGCAAGCUAAGCAAAAUGAGCAAGUGUAGCCAUCCAGUUAUUUAUAUAAAUGUGAACAAAACGCCUCAAGAUGAUAUUACCUUUUGUCUAUUUCCGGACUAACAUUUCCUUCAUGUGGCAUUUAACAAAUAUAAUCGAGCCGUGUAGCAACCUAGGAAGCAAAAAACUUACAUAACAGAUACAGUUCAAAGUUUAAAUAUAUUUCAGAUCAUUUAUGUUGUAAUGGGUGUGCUAAGAACCGUUCUAUUACAUUCAGUACUGAAUUCUGUACAACGGGAAUGUCUAUAAAGUUUUUGGGCUUAUGGGGAUGUUUUGGGUGAUUCCUUCACGCUGGAGAAUUCUUUGCUUUUACCUCAAUGAGUUGCUGCUACCUAUUUAGGAUUUGCCUGUCAGUUGGCAAGAACCAACUUCUCAAAGCUCCAGUUCCACACGAUCCAAGCAAGGUAAACUGGCAAACGACACGUGCAAACAAGCCUAAAUUGCCUGGGCCUCGUGAACCUUGGUUUGGACAUUUCUACCGUACAGUCAAAGGCCUUCAGCUUAAAACCUGAACUUUUUACAACUCAAUACUGCAACUAAAUUCCCCUUGACAAUAUACCUGAACAUUGGCCGCUGUUAGUUUUCCUUCCAUUUUUGUUUUGUUUUAACUGAUAGUCUGUGUACUGAGAACUGAAUGUUGGAGCAUUGUUGAGUGUGGACUCGUCAUCCAAAUGUGCAUAUGGAAGGAGAUUUAUUUUUAACACUCACGAGUCUGGCAUUAUCUUCCAUGUGCGCAGGGUUAGGUUUAUAUUACAAGCAGCCAAGAUCACAACUCCAGAAUCUCUGGUCACAAGUAUGUUUUGUUUGCAAGCAGGAUAUUCUAGAUUGCUUUGGACUUUUGAAAAGAGAAUGAAAUGUUGAACACUUAACUCUAGGGGUUAAGGAUUCGAUUUAUAUUUUUAAUCCUGAUAAUUUAUUACCUGUAUUAUUUCCAGAUUUAUCUUGACGAUGAGCUGGGUUUCAUACGUUUCAUAACAGCCAUCAAUGAAAUCUCAAAUUAUGGCUCAGAAAAGAAAAGGAACUAGUCGGUAAAUUUCUUGUUUUGUGUUUUUUUCCCCCAAAAAAAUUCAGUCCGCAUAGUAAAAAUGGUAGUCGCCAUCAAUUUUUACGAUGUAGUUUGGGUGCCAGGUUCUCAAAAAUCACACUCAUCGUUUUAUUAUAACUGAAAUCUGAGCCCUGGUCACGAUCCAGGGAGGUCAUUGUAAUUGUCCACCUUCUCGACUCCCCUUGUUUUUGAAUGGACCCAUUAAGUGACCGUUUUUGGGGGGGGUUUUGUCGAUGAUAUUGGUGCCAUUCUCCUUAAAACAUCCGAGUAUUGUGCGAGGAACCUUGUUUUAUAAAGAUCCGAGGUGCAAACUUUCAGGAUUGAGCCUGUGUUGCUUGCUCCUUCUCAAAUCUUCCUUCAUACUGCAGGCAGCCUGCGGUAAACAAAUAAUAACUGGCACAAACACCCUUUGUGGAUCAGUACUACCCCGAAUUAUCGCCUGCCCUAAUUUUUCCUUUAGGCGUAAAAUGUGCCAUCAACAAUGGGCACUUGUCUGCAGUCACCUAUUUGGCUGAAACAUAAAUACGAAUUCCCGGUGUAUAUUUUUUAUUGGUACUCGGUACCAUGGUCCCUGUUCUGCACCUAAACAUGUACUGGUUAAAAAAAAUAAAUGUCCUGUGAUUACUUAAAUGGUGGCCGGCAUGAAUGUGGUGGAAAGAAUUUUGUCCAGUGAUUUAUAUUGGUUGCAUGCAGUCCAAAGUGCUCUUGUUGCAAACCAUUCAAUUUUUUUUAAUGAAGUCCCAUACGUUCCGUCCAGAUAACGGGAUCUAGUCCAAUUCUCCACGCUGCAGGUAACUGCAAGAAUAGUCGAUGUACUCUUUCCCUCUAUCUCCAAAAUCAGAUGGGCUUGGUUUUGGAACAAUGAGAAUCUAUCAUUAUUCAGGUGAGUAUAGUUAUGAAACAGCACCCACGUAUUUUUUUUUUUUUUUAAAUUCCUGAAUCUGCAACAUUAAAGUUGGGAGCGAUGUUCAGAUAUUUUAUUGUGACGUUCUUAGUUUUGCGGCAACACUGUUUGACAGACUGCCAUCGCAACUUGGAUUUGUUUGGUUUUCUCUUUCUCCCUCCACAUGACUUCGCCCCCCUCAUCCCCUACCAGAAACCUAAGAUACUCAAUCUCUAUCUCUAUCACUGCCAAAAUAAUUCUGAAAUAUGACUGGUUUAAAAAAGAAAAAGAACAUUACAUGCAGUUCAAACAAAAUCAAUGCAAGUCUUUGGAAAUUGUGUGACUAGGGUCUUGUUUUGCACAGUGGAUCGGGGUAUAGUUCACCACUGGCCAGCCAGUGCGAUUUUUUUUUUUCCCUUUCUAAACAAAAAUAACAUUUUCUUCCUCUACAAGUUUAUUGUAAAUGAUGUAAAAUUUUAAAUAUGUGAUAUUUUGUACAUCUCACUGUAUCUCAAAUAGUUGUGUAUUUAUCAGAGACUACUGUUAACUCUUUUAUGGCACUUGUUUUUUCUUGUCUAUUUAUUUUACUUUUGUCUUCUGAUUAAUCCGUGUUCUGUAUGUGGAAAAGUCUGAAAGUAAAGUGUUUGUUUUCUACA